AUGUCAGUGGCACCUCUUUUCCUUGUGGUCUUUCAUUUCCUGGGCGAUGUGUUGGGGGCACAGAUUCCAUAUGGAAACUCACGUAACAUCAACGGUGCUCAGCCGUUCCCCUGGCAUCAGAUUAGACUCCCCCAAACUGUCGUGCCCACCCACUAUGACCUCACCAUUCACCCCAACCUGACCACCCUGACCUUCACAGGCAUCGUUCGCAUCCUGGUGGAUGUUUUAGAGGACACCGAAGCCAUCAUUAUGCACGCCAAGCAGUUGAAGAUUCUCAAUGUAAAGCUCAAAACACCUGAGGGUGAUAGGGCUCUUCAGGUUGUGGAGAAUUCAGUCCACCAGCAGCUAGCCUUGCUGUCAGAUCAGGUGAUCACCAAAGGGGAGGACUACGAGGUCUAUAUGGAGUUUUCUGCCAUCCUCUCGGACACCUACCAUGGUUUUUACAAAAGCAGCUAUCAAACCAGCAGCGGGGAGGUCCGGAUUCUAGCGUCCACACAGUUUGAACCCACCUUUGCCCGAGCAGCAUUCCCUUGUUUUGACGAGCCCAGCUUUAAAGCCAACUUUACCAUUUCCAUCCUACGAGAGUCACGACAUGUUGCCAUUUCCAAUAUGCCCAAGAUCAAAACAGUGACAUUGCCUGGAAAUGUAUUUGAGGAUCAUUUUGCCACCACAGUGAAGAUGAGCACAUACCUGGUAGCGUUCAUUGUUUCUGACUUCCACUCCGUGAGCAAAAUGACCCAACAUGGUGUUAAGAUUUCCGUCUACGCCGUUGCUGAGAAAAUCAACCAGACGGACUUCGCGUUGGAUGCCGCCGUGAGGCUGCUCGAUUUUUACGACACCUACUUCAGUAUUCCUUACCCACUCCCCAAACAGGAUCUGGCUGCUAUCCCUGACUUCCAGGCAGGCGCGAUGGAAAACUGGGGCCUGACCACCUACAGAGAAGAGGCCCUUCUCUUCCACCCUGAAAAAUCCUCAGUGGCAGACAAAGUGCAGAUCGCCAGAAUUAUUGCUCAUGAGCUCGCACACCAGUGGUUUGGCAACUUGGUGACGAUGGAGUGGUGGAAUGAUUUGUGGCUCAACGAGGGCUUUGCCAAGUUUAUGGAAUUUAUUGCCGUUGACAUGACAUAUCCAGAGCUUCAAGCAAAUGACUUGUUUUUGGGCAAGUGUUACCAUGCUAUGGAGGUAGACAGCCUCAGUUCAUCACACCCAAUCUCCACCCCUGUGGAAAACCCCACAGAGAUCCAGGAAAUGUUUGAUGAAGUAUCAUAUGAUAAGGGAGCGUGUGUUCUAAAUAUGCUGAAAGACUUUCUUACGCCAGAGGCCUUCGAGGUCGGGAUCAUCCGCUACCUGAAGCGCUACAGCUAUCGAAACACUGCCAAUAGUCAUCUAUGGGAGAGUCUGACCAAUAUUUGCAAUUCAAACGAAUUGCAUAACGCCUCAUCCAAACAAAUAGAAUUCUGCUGGAAACAUAGCCUUAAAUCUGGAGGACAAAAGCAAUACGAUGGUAAUAAGUUUGACAUCAAGACCAUCAUGGACACAUGGACACUACAGAAAGGCUUCCCGCUGGUCAACGUUGACCUAAGAAAUCGCAAACUCAUGCUUACCCAGCAACGUUAUGUGAAGAUAGAUGGGAAGCCCACCACCACAACCUCAACCCCCACCACUACUGUAACCCAAACGGAAAAGCAAGUUUGGCAGAUUCCACUGACAUACAAGACGAGCGCCUCUGACACAACACACCACUUCCUGAUGAAGUCAGCAGUAGACCUUGUGCGUGUUCCAAACCCAGUGGACUGGAUCAAGUUAAAUGUGGAUAUGAGUGGCUACUACAUCGUUCACUACGGCAAAGACGGGUGGAAAUCCAUGAUUAACCUUCUGCAGAACAAUCAUACGGCGCUUAGCAGCAAGGACCGUGCUAGUCUGAUACAUGAUGUCUUCCGGCUGGUCAACAUUGAGAAGCUGGGUCUGGAAACAGCUUUGGAUCUGUCCACGUAUCUGUCCAAAGAGACCGACAUCAUGGCUGUGACUCAGGGCUUCGGAGAGCUCGUACCCAUCUAUAAAAUGAUCGAACGGAGGGAAAUUUCUAUUCUGGAGAACGGCAUGAAGGCUUUUAUGCUGGACCUGUUCAAGGACUUAAUUGACAAUCAGAGUUGGGACGACUCCGGUUCCACCUCAGAGCGAACGCUGCGUAGCUACCUGCUGUUGUUCGCCUGUGUCAGGAACUACACUCCUUGUGUGACCAAAGCCACUCAGCUAUUCAACAUAUGGAAGAACUCUCAUGGCAUCAUUAGUCUCCCCAAUGAUGUCACGUUGGCCGUGUAUGCUGUCGGGGCUCAAACGCCGGAAGGGUGGGACUUCCUGUUCGAGCACUACCGCCGGUCUUUGCAAAUGUCUGUCAAGAAUCGCAUCAAAAUCGCCUUGACAAUCAGCCCACUGCGUGACAAGCUCAAGAAGAUUCUGGCAGAGAGUCUUUUGGGUGAAGUGAUAAAAACUCAAGAGUUACCAGAGGUGUUGGUAUCAGUCAGCAGGAACCCUAAAGGCCAUCGAAUAGCGUGGGACUUCCUCCGAGCCAAUUGGGGCACGCUGAUCCAAAAGUUUGAAAUUGGUUCCUCCUCCAUCGCUCACAUGGUGACGGGUGUGACUAAUGCCAUUUCUACAAAGACGUUGCUGACAUCGGUUUGGAAAUUCUUCAGCUCUCUUACGGAGGAGAUGGGCGGUGAGAUGAGGUGUAUCCAGCAGGCUUACGACACUAUCACCGAUAACAUCCGCUGGGCCGACACCAACUUCUCUGUGCUGCAGUCCUGGCUGAAAAAACGCGAGCGUCUUAUUCAUGAGGAUCUAUAA